AUGGGUGAAGCUUUGCAGAUGUUUGGUUCUCGCGAACAAGUCGAGAGUUAUUGGCAGGAUGAUUUACACGAUGGAGAGAGCUCGGGCAUGAUCUCUGUGAUUCAUUUGGAGGCUGGCAUUAUUGAAUAUGUAUAUGGACGGGUUGACUCUUGCAGGAUGCAUUUUAAAUCGGCUGAGAUGGCAGCUGGGCUUCAGCUUUCUGUCACUGGGGUACUUGGUUUCCGUACUGAACACCAGGCGGAACCAAAGGCACAGAGGGUACUUCUUACCAACACAUGUACAUCAAAUAAUGUGGAUGAAAACUGUCCCUUAACGAGUACCGGUAUCCAAACAUGUGAUUCCAACAAAGGUGAAGAUGAUUGGAAUAUGAAUCAGCAUGAAACCUCUGAAGCACCUGCACUUAGAAUACCCAAGUUGUUAGAAAACAACCAUGACUCUAGAAUUAGAUCUCCAUCUCAAAGCAUAGAAAACGUUGGCCAUGUUACUCCUAAUUUGACAGCAAUUCAACAAGCUGUAAUUCUGGCAUUUUGCCUUUUGGUUGAGAAGAGCUCCCCACGCGAUGACUUGCAGUUAUGGGAUACGGCACCUUACAUUGAAGCAAUUGAUUCCCAGAACUUCUCUUACUUUACUAUCAGGUGUUUAUCGGAUCUUUUACGUAUUCGAUGGGAGUCAUCUCGUUGCCGAACUAAGGAGCGUGCCUUACAGAUGAUGGAUAACUUGGUUAAACAUAUUUAUGAACCUUCUCCAGCAAUAGCUGAUAGAAUUGCUUUUAUUUAUGCUGUUUAUAUGCCAAGUAUUCCUGCAUUGCAGAUGGAAUAUGGGGAACUUUUGUCAGAUUGCGGUUUGAAAGGAGAGGCAGCGCAGAAGUUUGUAGAAUUAGAAUUAUGGUAUAAACUAAAAGACUGUUACAGGCCGUUGGAAGGGGUAGAGCUACCGAAAUGUCCUCUGGGUUUGGACGGUGAUGACGAAGGACGGGACAAUUGGGCUCGGAAUCAGCUUAUGUCUUCUGGUUCUGACUUGGUCGGAAAGUUCUCCAAUCUUCAGUAUAUAGUUUUUGCGAAGAUGUUGCUUAUGCGGGUGAAGGAUUUAGGUAGUGAGAUGAAAAGCCUUCCAUGGUGGCUUGCGCGGGUUUUGCUUGUUCAACAGAGGAUUUUGGAUGAGCGGUGUUCUUCCUUGUCUGAUCUCUUGCAUGUGUAUAUGGGUGAAGCUUUGCAGAUGUUUGGUUCUCGCGAACAAGUCGAGAGUUAUUGGCAGGAUGAUUUACACGAUGGAGAGAGCUCGGGCAUGAUCUCUGUGAUUCAUUUGGAGGCUGGCAUUAUUGAAUAUGUAUAUGGACGGGUUGACUCUUGCAGGAUGCAUUUUAAAUCGGCUGAGAUGGCAGCUGGGCUUCAGCUUUCCGUCACUGGGGUACUUGGUUUCCGUACUGAACACCAGGCGGAACCAAAGGCACAGAGGGUACUUCUUACCAACACAUGUACAUCAAAUAAUGUGGAUGAAAACUGUCCCUUAACGAGUACCGGUAUCCAAACAUGUGAUUCCAACAAAGGUGAAGAUGAUUGGAAUAUGAAUCAGCAUGAAACCUCUGAAGCACCUGCACUUAGAAUACCCAAGUUGUUAGAAAACAACCAUGACUCUAGAAUUAGAUCUCCAUCUCAAAGCAUAGAAAACGUUGGCCAUGUUACUCCUAAUUUGACAGCAAUUCAACAAGCUGUAAUUCUGGCAUUUUGCCUUUUGGUUGAGAAGAGCUCCCCACGCGAUGACUUGCAGUUAUGGGAUACGGCACCUUACAUUGAAGCAAUUGAUUCCCAGAACUUCUCUUACUUUACUAUCAGGUGUUUAUCGGAUCUUUUACGUAUUCGAUGGGAGUCAUCUCGUUGCCGAACUAAGGAGCGUGCCUUACAGAUGAUGGAUAACUUGGUUAAACAUAUUUAUGAACCUUCUCCAGCAAUAGCUGAUAGAAUUGCUUUUAUUUAUGCUGUUUAUAUGCCAAGUAUUCCUGCAUUGCAGAUGGAAUAUGGGGAACUUUUGUCAGAUUGCGGUUUGAAAGGAGAGGCAGCGCAGAAGUUUGUAGAAUUAGAAUUAUGGUAUAAACUAAAAGACUGUUACAGUUUCUUGGGGAAGAAAGCAGCCGCCGUUGAACUCAUCAGGAAGCGUCUUUCGGAAACACCAAAUGACCCCAUAUUAUGGUGUUCCCUGGGUGACCUUACAGAUAAUGAUGCAUGCUUUGAGAAAGCUCUGGAAGUUUCAAACAAUAGGUCUUCUAGAGCAAAGCGUUCUAUGGCUCAAAGUGCAUACAAAAGAGGAGACUACAACAAAUCUAUAUUGUUGUGGGAGUCUGCACUUGCAGUGAACUCAAUGGACCCAGACGAUUGGUUUAAACUUGGAACUGCUGCAGUGAAGGCUCAAGAUACAGGAAAGGCUCUUGAUGCGUUUACUCGCGUAAUUCAACUUGAUCCUGAAAAUGAGAAAGCUUGGACUUACUUUGCUAGCUUGCACGCGAUGAAAAGAAAGGGCAAGGAGGCCUUAAUCGCAUCUAAAGAAGCCUUGAAAUUCAAACGGAACAGCUGGCAAUUAUGGGAGAACUAUAGCCAUAUUGCUCUCGAAAUUGGCAAUAUCAGUCAGGCUCUGAAAGGUGUACAGAUGGUUUUGGACAUCACCAAUUAUAAGAGAGUAGAUAGUGAAUUAUUGGAAAGAAUCACAGGGGAGGUGGAACAGUUAUGCAUUGUCGAUUCUGGAGCAGAAUAUGAAAUGGAAGUACGUGGAGCAUCUGUUGCCGGAAGAUCACGUGAAACUGAAAAAUUAUUUGUUUUACUUGGCAAAGUCUUACAACAGAUAGUUAAACAUGGGAGUGGAUUUGGAUCUGAUAUCUGGGGCUUAUAUGCCAAAUGGCACAGAAUUAAUGGAGAUCUCAUGAUGAGCUCUGAAGCCCUCUUAAAGCAAGUUAGGUCACUCCAGGGAAGUGAUACUUGGAAGGACCGAGAUCGGUUCAAAAAAUUUGCAAAAUCAUUUUUGGAUCUUUGCCAGGUAUACGUGGACAUGUUUUCAUCUGCUUCUGGUAGUAUUAAACAACUGUCUACAGCUGAGCUGCACUUGAAGAAUGUCAUCAGACAGGCAAGAUAA